AUGGAGGACCCCACCAGCAAAGGAGAUGAGUCGUCGAAGAAGGUCCCCACGACAUCAUCGUCUUCAAGCGGGAGAAGGGGAAAGGAAGUUACGGUGAAUACCGUCAACACGACCCAACAGGUCCCUCAACAAUAUUCGAUGAACUACACGGCGGGGCCUCCCACGGCCCCCUCCUACGCCCCGCAGGCGCCUCAAUAUCGGCCUCAAGCCUCUACCCAACCAAUCUACUAUUCCGCACUACCGCCUCCACCCCCAUCUGCGGCGCCGUCGCCUGUCGUCCACCAUUAUGCCCCUACUCCGUCCCAAGCCCCUCAAUACCAACCCCCUGUUCCUAGGGCUUCUCAGUCGACACAACGAGUCCCGCCCCUGCAAAGUCAACAAGGCGGUGCAGCACAACCGCGACCCCGCCGACAAUACCCGGCCCUGCCGGUCCCGCUUUCCCACAUCUACCGGCAAAUUCGUGAUAAGAUCGGGACAAUAGCGCCCGGCCCAAGCUUCGAUCCAACCAUCCAAGAUCAAAGCAAGCAGUGCGAAUACCAUCAGGGUGCACCAGGGCACACCCUGGACACUUGUUGGAGAUUGAGGGAGAGUAUCCAGGAGAUGAUCGAUGCGAAGGAGCUCGUAUUCAAUGCUGUAAGGCUUCCGAACGUACAAGCCAAUCCUCUCCCCGACCAUGGAUCGGCUCCGGGGCCUUCCAUCAACAUGAUCACCGUGUGCACGUCAAGCGAGGGCGAAGGCGAACAAGAUGGGCCCUCCCCCGUUGUGAUUGAAUACGUACCGGUAGAAGUCGCAGUCGGGUUCGCCGGGGUAGACGCACCUCAUGCCCCGCUUGUCAUAGACGUUCCCGCCCGGGAGCCAUACUCAACCGAUAGGAUCCCCUGGACCUAUGAGGGAAGUGUCGGGAACCUGGAGCGGCAAUUCGGUGUCAUGGGCAUAACCCGCUCAAGGCGGCUGUACGAGAACCCGACGACCACCGACAAAGGGAAGGCGCCCGUUGCCGAAGAGGAGACGAGGCCUAGGACCCUGCCUACUCCGUCCAAGAAGCUCGGAAGGAUGGAGGACCCCACCAGCAAAGGAGAUGAGUCGUCGAAGAAGGUCCCCGCGACAUCAUCGUCUUCAAGCGGGAGAAGGGGAAAGGAAGUUACGGUGAAUACCGUCAACACGGCCCAACAAGUCCCUCAGCAAUAUUCGAUGAACUACACGGCGGCGCCUCCCACGGCCCCCUCCUACGCCCCGCAGCGCCUCAAUAUCGGCCUCAAGCCUCUACCCAACCAAUCUACUAUUCCGCACUACCACCUCCACCCCCAUCUACGGCGCCGUAGCCUGUCGUCCACCAUUAUGCACCUACUCCGUCCCAAGCCCCUCAAUACCAACCUCCUGUUUCUAGGACUUCUCAGCCGACACAACGAGUCCCGCCCCCGCAAAGUCAACAAGGCGGUGCAGCACAACCGCGACCCCGCCGACAAUACCCGGCCCUGCCGGUUCCGCUUUCCCACAUCUACCGGCAAAUUCGCGAUAAGAUCGGGACAAUAG